AUGGUGGUGAAAUACGGUUGCUUUCGCAAACGAAAAGAAGCCGCUUGGAUAGAUCCUCAGCGGAAAGACACCGACGCUACUCCGGAAUCCUUGUCGGGUUAUGGUCGGAAAAAAACUCUCACAAAAGAAGAGAAAGGCGAUGAAAGAUUGGAGGACGAACACCAUCACAAUUUGCGAGACAAGCCUGCAUUUGAUCAUCCGCUUUCGAAGAAUCAUGAAAUUCAGCACGCACCCGCCGCAGAAUUACCCUAUAUGAUCAACAAAACGGAAAAAAUAAGAGUUUGGCAGGUGUGGAACCAAAACGGCACCAGCUGUCCUGAACAAACUAUACCCAUAAGACAUAGCAUGGUCAGGCUUAAACGAUUUAGGAAAAAUCAUUGGACAGAUGUUCGAGUCAAUCGCCGAACAGUUCCAUACGCCGCUGAUGAGGGACACGAGAUUGGAGAGGUGGUAUAUCUGCGGGGAAUAUAUGGAACAGUGGCAACUAUGAACGUGUGGAAGUGGAAUCCAUCUAUAGUACAUGGUACAAACGAAUUUAGAUUGUCGCAAAUUUGGCAAAUAGCCUAAAAAUAUUAGUUUUGCAUUGAGAAGAUUUGUUUGGUGACCCGAUCCACGUUGGUAUAGGUUGAUUGGAUCAAUUCGUUUUAAUAUUCUAGGGUUCUUUUACUCUACUUCCAAACGAAAUCAAACAUACGGAAGUCAGGGUGUCUUAACCUUGAAUGUUCUGGCGGUUUACAAGUCAGUAGCCAGUUUGCAUUCGGAGGUGUAUUUUCUCCACCCUCUUCUUAUGGCGGCAACCAAUAUGACAUAACCAUGUUCAUAUGGAAGGAUACGAACGAUGGGAAUUGGUGGUUGGGUAUUGACUCAUAUUUUAUUGGGUAUUGGCCGUAGAAGCUGUUUACGCGUCUAGCUGACGCGUCGACCUUCGUACAGUGGGGUGGUGAGGUUGUAAACACAUGCAGCUACGACCAUUAACAUACUACCACGCAAAUGGGUUCGGGCCACUUCGCGGAAGAAGACUUCAGAAAAGAAAGGUUCUUCCGCAACCUCAAAAUCAUUGAUUACUUCUUUUAGCUGCUACCGGUCUUGCGUACGAUGAACUCAACGUGUUACAACGCCCAAAAGGGAUACAAUGAAGAGUGAGAGGCUCAUUUUACUUCGCUGACCAGGAUAUAACGUUAUGUCCUUAGUUCUUGGACAUAAUGAUACAAUUAUUAGUUUGUGAAAUAUGAUAAUUAGAGUUUGGAUUAUCAUAUUUACAUAACAUUUUAGAAGCCAAUAUACCAAAAUUGGAUUACUUGAUUUUUGAAUUCAAAAAAAAAAACCAUUUUCUCGACUCUUACUUCCCUUGAUUAAGUUGGUUAACCUGUGAUGAUUUGUCUCGCACAUAUGCUAUCAAUUUAUAUACGAAGAUACGCUAAAAUUACAUUUAAUUUGGAUUAUGUUGGGAAUUUCUUAUUUGGUUUAGCUAGUAGUUAUUUAUAUAAAAA